AUGGCUUCCCUUGCAACUGCCGUGCUGGUGGACACGUUGCAGCAAUGCCAAGAUGCAGUUGCCCAGUUGUUCCAAGAGGCUGAGGUGGCGAUCGAUAUUGAGGGGGUUGAUCUGAGCCGUGCUGGCGAAGUAUGCUUGAUUCAAGCGUGCGGCCGCUCCGGCACGGUCUUCCUUUUUGAUAUCCACACGUUGAAGGACGAAGCCUUUGAGCUGGGGGGCUUGAAGGCAUUCCUGGAGUCCGAUGUGAUAAAGGUGUUCUACGAUGUCCGUGCGGACUGCGACGCGCUACACCACCUGCACCGCGCGGAUGUGCGGGCUUCGUUUGACCUUCAAGUCCUUAGGGCGCUGAAGUUUCAGGAUGCGACGGAUUUGUACUUGCACGGCCUGAAGAGAGUGCUGGCAGAGUUUCUCCAGGAGUCCGGCAGGUUAACAGAGGAUCAGGUCCAAGGCGUCGAGGCCCUUAAGGAGCAGGUGCAUGAGCUCUUUGAGACAGGGACGGAGAUUUGGAGGGAGCGGCCCCUCAGCCCCUUGCUCAUCCAGUAUGCCGCAGUGGAUGUCCAGUUUUUGUUGGGCAUGAAGCGGUUCUGGCUGCCUGAGGAUCCCAUGGCGGCACGCCAGCUUCAGGAUGAUGUGAUGCGGGCAAGUGACCGGCGGUGGAGGAGAUUUGUGGCGUUGCCACCAGAGUACGCGCUGCACCAAUCCUCGAAGAGAAUCCGGGAUGUCUACGAAGCCGAUGACACCUCGCACGUCCUCCACGUGCCCACCACCAGGGCAGGCGCGUUGAUCGGCAAGAAGGGGGCCAACAUCCAAGCCAUUCGGGCCACGUCUGGUGCCCAGGUCUGCGUGAGAGACGAUGUUGCUAUGGUGGUUGGUCGGCCUGAGAAUGUAGAGGCAGCGGUGCAACUGAUCCUUGCCAAAAUUGCUGAGCGCCCGGAGCGCCACAUGGCCCGCUGA